AUGGAGCUGCAUAGCACGAGCGACGAGGGCCGCCGCGACGGGAUCUACAACCAGAGAGAGCACGGACGCCGAGGAUCGCUCUCCCGUGCAGCGCCGCAGCGGCUCGUCGGCGGCUCGUCGGCUGCGGCCUCGAACGGAGAUCGCAUGGAGGUUGACGAGGAACCUCCCUCUCUGAGCAGUGCUCCAGCGGAGCCUGCGCAGCAGCAGCAGCAGCAGCAAGCAAGCGUGCUCACGCUGGUGGCAGACAUCGGACGCCUCGAGCUGGAGGAGGUUGGCCACCGUGCCGCCGCUCGCGAAGCGAUUACAGCGACAACCGGGACGCAAACAUCAGGCGUGCCGACGCCUCGCGAGCUGCGUGCCCAAGCCCGGCUCGACUUGCAAGUCGUAGGGCUGCGCGAGGAGGAGCGGCGGCGGCAGCGGCUGCACGCGGCGGCAACGACGAGGCUCGUUCGAGAACUGGCGCUGAAGCUCUCGAACCCGCUGCGACACUUUGGCGGGGGUGCAUUCAUUCAGUUGAUGAUGUGCGAAUUCGUCAUGCGGCCAGAGGUACAGGGCCGCUCCGGCCGCUCCCUCGGCGUAGCGUUUCGCUCGCAGCUGCUGCUGGUGUACGAGCCCAGCGACGUGCCGACGCUCCCGGGCCUCUACAGCCUCGACGUCUUGCAGGCGUCGCUCAACACUCCGCUGUUGCAGCGGGCCGCCCUGCAGGCGAUCGACGACGUGAAGCUCUUCUCGCUCCACCUGCCCGGCGUGCUCGGCAAGGUGGAGCCGACAGAGGCCGACUCGCUCCUCGGCCUGUGGCAGCGCGCGGCGGAGGUGCGGGCAGCGGAGGCGCGCCGGCCGCAGCGCGGCCGGCCACGCAAUCGCAUCGAGUACGCGCUGCGUCAAAACAUGACGGGUAAUCGUUACUCGGCCGCCCUGCGCAAGGCCGUGUACUUGUACCGCCACAAAAGCGGGACGGAGCGCUCAAUCUCGAUGCGCGGCGCUGCGUCGCUCGCUCGGGAUGGCGCCACGCUCCUGUUCGACAUCUCGGACGACGAUAUCGCACGCGUGCGGCUGCCGAGCGCGGGCACGUGCUCCCUCAUCGACCGGGCCGUCCACCGGGUGCAGCGCAUGCAAGAGGUGGAGUUCACCUUCUCGCGCGUGACCUACUUCGUCGCCUUCGGGCACGCGCAGACCCUCCCUCCUCCGCCACCGCUACUGGCACCUCCGCCUCCGCCGCCACUCUCAACCGCGCGGCCGCCACCAGCUCUGCCAGCUCCGCCGCCGCCACUUCCUCCGCCGCGGCCUCUAGCUCCACCACGGAUGCGGCCUCUAGCGGCACCGACGGAGCGCAAGCUGGUCAUGCAGCGCUUUACCGACGGCAGCGAGUUUGGCGGGCACUGGCACCAGCUCCUCUUCUUCGUCGACCAGAGACGGGUGCUCUACCACGAGCCCUAUGGCGGCGCAAUCGACUCGGGCAUCGCGUCUUGCUUCCACCGGAGCCCCGGGCCUGCCGCCGGCUGGGCGCUGGAGGUGGUGGAUGUGCAGCUGCAGUCUUGCACUCACGAGUGCGCGCUCUGGGUGGACUUUGUCGCGGAGGUGGCUGUCGACUACGUGAGGAGCGACCUGACUCGCUCCUUCAGCGAGUACCUUCGCGGGCGUGAGGAGAUCACCCCGCUCAACGGCAUGCGGCGGACUUGCACGGCGAUGAAGACGGCGAAGGCAAAAAACAACGCCUUCGUCGCACAGCGCCGAAACGACGUGCGCACGCUGUUACGUCUAGCCUAUGUCCAGCGCCAACUGCCGCACACAGGCUCCGCAACGCUGACCGCCUUUGGCGCAGCGGCGGAGCAGGAGCCUGCCGAGGACACAGACUCGGACUUUGAGAUGUUGACCUAG